AUGAUUCUGCUGCUGCUGCUGCUGCUGCCCCAGGCCACCUGUGGGAUGCCCACGGCCAAGUGCCCCUUGGCUCUGGAAAGGGAUGAGAUAGACCCCCUGAAUCAUUACCGUCCAGGAGACCACCUCAUUGCUGGGGUCUUCACUGAGACAGAAGCUGCUUUUAAACCAUACGUGUUCCACAACGCUCCUCGUAUCAGAUCCAUUGAGAAAGGCUAUACUAAGUACUGGAAGACCCUCUCAGUCCUCUUUGCCAUUCAGAAGAUCAACUGGAACCCCUGGAUCUUGCCCAACCAUACUCUGGGCUACAGCACCUACGAUGACUAUCACAAUGAAAGAGUGACUUCCGAGUCCCUGCUGGACCUGCUCUCCCCUGGGCAGGCCAAUGUUCCAAACUACAAGUGCAGCAGGCAGAAGCACCCAAUGGUUGUUCUUGAAGGGUCAAACACUGAAAAUUCCAUCCGCAUUUCAAGCAUGAUGGGCAUCUACAAAAUCCCACAGGCUCAGUCGCUCCCCCUUGCCAGAUGUGUGGAAAGCUGCCUUCCUGGAUUCGUGAAAGUAGUUCAGGAAGGAAAACCCGUUUGCUGCUACAACUGUCAUCCCUGUGCUGAAGGGACCAUCUCCACCCUGGAGGAUGCAGAACGUUGCACCAAGUGUCCAGGAGAUCAGCAUCCCAACCUGCAGCAAGAUCAAUGUGUCCCAAAGAUCAUUACCUUCUUAGCAUAUGAAGAACCUUUGGGGAUAAUUCUGUCAUCUUUGGCCCUAAUUCUGUCCUCAGCAACAGGAUUUGUGUUAGGACUCUUCAUAAAAUUUGCAGAAACCCCUGUGGUCAGAGCCAACAACCAAGUCCUCUCCUACAUUCUCCUAGUUUCCCUCCAACUUUCUUUCUUGUCCUCCUUCCUAUUCAUUGGCCAGCCAAAGAAGGUGACCUGCCUCUUCCGACAAAUGGCCUUCAGCAUCAUCUUUUCUGUUGCUGUCUCUUCACUCUUAGCCAAAACCAUCACUGUGGUGCUGGCUUUCCUAGCCACAAAGCCAGGGAACUGGGCAAGGAACUGGCUGGGGAAGAGCUUGGCCAACUCCAUUGUCAUCUCCUGUUCUAUUGUCCAGGUUCUCCUCUGCACCAUCUGGAUUGCCACCUCUGCACCCUUUUGUGACUCUGACAUGCAUUCACAGACUGGAAAGAUCAUUCUGCAAUGCAGUGAAGGCUCUGUGGCCAUGUUCUACACUGCCAUUGGCUACAUGGGCUGCCUGGCUGCUGUGUGCUUCACAGUGGCCUUCCUGGCCAGGAAGCUGCCUGGGGCCUUCAAUGAGGCCAAGCUGAUCACCUUCAGCAUGCUGGUCUUCUGCAGCGUCUGGGUGUCCUUCGUGCCCACCUACCUGAGCACCAGGGGCAAGUACAUGGUGGCCGUGCAGGUCUUCUCCAUCUUGGCCUCCAGCGCUGGGCUGCUGGGCUGCAUCUUCCUCCCCAAGUGCUACAUCAUUGUCUUGAGGCCUGAUCUGAAUACAAAGAAGCAUCUCAUGAUGAAAACACAUGUAUAA